AUGAGCGUGCUAUCUACAUCGUCCACUGGGCAGUAUGAUGCAGAACACCGGGGACUUCAAAUCCGUCAUCUUCCUCUUCGCUCAUCGGAUACUAAUCUUCGCGAGGGAUUAUUUCAUGAGUAUAAAAAGCAUGGAAAGAUUACGUCUGUAGUUAUACGUGGUCAAGGCGAAGGGCGAUACGGCAUAGUUACAUUCAAGCGGGCGGAAGAUGCUGAACGUGCGUUUGAGGUGUCCCGUGGAAAGGUUUUUUUCGGUACUCCAAUCUCAGUUUCACUACACGAGGGAAUUGAGCAGGAAACAAUCCGCGUUAAUGGCAAACCGGUCAAACUGGGUUUUGGAAAGAGUCAGCCGACAAAUGUUGUUUGGCUAGACAACCUGGCACCGAACGUGAACGAAUCAUUCCUCGCUCGUCAAUUCAACCGAUAUGGCCACCUGACCCACGUUGUAUUAGAUCGAAAGUCUCUUAGAGCUCUAUUGUAUUUUGACACCGUUGAAACCGCUCAGCGAGCACUAAAUGAGACGCGAAGUCGUGUGGGUCGAAAAGUUCAAUUGGAUUAUGCGGGGUAUGAGUGUCAAGUGGCUUUUGUGCGACGAUUGGCAAAAUACGAUGGAUUCAGCCAAGUGUAUGACAAUUACAGACACUUUGGUGAAGCUGAGAAAGAUGGUCGCCAUGUGUCCACCGACGGCUGCGGUCAUUCUAAUUCGCACCGUUCAACAAAUCGACGUUUCAACCGAAGUGACCGUAAUCUCCCAGACUAUUCGGGAUCAAGGAUGAGAGAUCAUACAAGCUCUUCACGUCAAAGACCUCAGUUAACUAAAGAUUCGUUUAGUUCCAUCUAUUCUCGGCACCACACGACUGGGAAAGAGCUCGUUCUGGAAAAUUCGUGUUCACCAUCGAGCGACGCUCAUUGUCAUGGGAAAAAUCACAGUCGUCGAAUUCACGGUCGUUCAUCGCAUCACAAGUUUCAAAACGACUCUUCUCCUGACGCUCAUGGGUCGUCCGUAGGUUCGCCUUCAAGAAGGAACAGUUCACAGAAUUAUGACACAACAUGGAGGUCUAGUCGACAUUCCGGCUCUACAUCAAAAAGUUUCCAUCCGAGCAGUAUGUCACGCCCAAGUGUCCACCAACCCAGCCAUUAUUUGGACGAAACAGAUGAUGUCAGCAGUGGUUCUUUGUCUCCUGAUUUGGAACCAGAAGGAAGUACCUCAGAUGCUUCACCUGUUGUGCACGAUUCUCAUGGUAAAAGUCAGCGAUUGUCCGCUAGUUCUGCAUCGAGAGAGCUCAACAGCUUUAAACGUCAGACGCCUACUUUGGCUUGUGGUCUUAAAAGCUUUUCUGGAUGCGUGGAGUCUGCUGCACGUGAUUCAUCUUACGCACAUACCCAUAAAACCCACGGACGAUGCUACAGAGACUCUGCCAGUCCUACCACAUUCACUAAGAAACUACGUCCAGUUGAUGUGUCUCGAACCCCAUGUCAUUUACAUACACAAUCAACAUCCAGUGCAGUGCGCACUCCAAGUAGCCCACAUUCCACACUGAGCCGUGAUUUCAUUGAUAGAAAUAAUUCCCGCAGUUCCUCCAGAGAACCUUAUCCCGAACAAAGAAUAAAACGUUCAUUAAGAACUUCCGGGGGUUCAUACGAAACAAAAGUAGAGCGAGCCUCUCGAUCCCGAGAAUCGCACUCACGUUGUUCCUACCACUCAGAAGAAAAAAGUUCUUUGCAUUCUCAGCCAAUGGAUUUGUGCUCAGAAUCACAUGAUACCUUAACAAAAUUGGAGUUGGAACGUGCGAAGCUACUUCGAGAACUGUCAAUGUUAAAUAACGAGGUUGGAAAUCACAAGUCCAAAGUCUCAUCGGCCAAGAAAAGACUUCCACCAGAUUCGUCGGACCAGCUUUACGCUCCGAAGAUGAAACGUUUGGACACUCGCAAUUCGAGCGAUGUUGGUGAGAAUCAGACUUGUGCUGCUGAGAACUCGGUGGCGGUUUGUUCCACUAGUGAACGCAUCGUGAGAGAUAAUUCAGAGGACCAUUCCGUCAGUCAAGUGGCCAGACCUCCAAGUCGCUCGUCAACUGCUCGACCGUCUAAUGGCUGUCAUAGCAGCAGCAGCGAACCCGGUGACUUGUUAUCUCCGAUGGCAACUGCCCAUCCUACAUGUCUUACUGUCUCCGACAUGUUCUCUACGAUUGAUACGAAUUCUGGACCCCACCUUGGAGAACAUCGAUCACCACUGUGUGCUGCUGGAUCCUGUUUAACGCUUCCUCGACGUUCAACCUUAAUCACUUCUUCUCCGAGGCUAAUGAUGCCACCUGAGCCUACCUCUCCACUUACCCGACUUUCUCCUGAGUCACCAACCAGCGGCCUAGAUGUUUCAGCAGCAGCAGCAGUGACCAGAAGUUUACCCUCGGCUCAAGUCAUGUCCCCGGAUUCCGGAUCUCUGGGUAGAAAAUCGGGUUCAUCACCUCAGUGUGGAGGUAAUCCACCUGUUCGUGAUCCACGGUUAGUGGCUCAUCAAACGCAUCUAACCGCAGAUAUUCCACCGCCCCCUCCAGAGUGCCUCAAGCUACCUUUGUGGGUAGACACAUCCCAAUUGGGUGUUCAUUCCAUUGAUCGCUUUCCGCAACCACCUCCACCGCCACCCAAUAAUUCAUCUUCUAGCAGCAUCAAGAAUGAUUCACGAAAUUAUUGUCUGAUGGAGUCCGAAAACGAAGCAAAUUCAUCCCAAGAAGUAAGCAAUUGUUCCCUGGAUGAAAGAAUCCGACUUCUAGAUGCACAAUUGCUUAAAUCUGAGAAAGCACGGCCUACCGUAGAUUAUAGCAAAUUCCGAAUCAGGAGAAAAGUAGAGUCUUCAUUAACUAAUAUGUCUGCUGAUCGUUCGACUUUUGUCUUACCUGCACCAACUUCUCCUGCCGUCCUAUCAACACUCACCUCCGUAAUGCCGGUCUCUCCAGUCACUGAAUUGAGUUCGGUUUACCCCGCUCGCAUAGAUCGUGGGCUCGUACCCGAUUGUAAUCCUUCUACGCCGGCGCUACCAACGGCUUCUACCGUGGGCUAUAAUUCCCCUAGACUUCCUUGCUCGACCUCUCCUAUUGCACUUCCGCGGCUAGCGGAUACUUCCGAAUUCGUUAAGAGUAUGCUUUCUUCAUCUAAACCUUCGCCAUCCAACUCUUCGGACCAUGUUAUUGUCUCACCUAUGGAUCCGGUUACUCCACGAUCAGUGGUCCGCUUUCCUAAUUCAGUUUCCAGCCCACUACCUACAAACAGCACUGUUGAGAACAACGCAAAGCCGUCCACUACAAACAGUGCGUCAUCCGUCACAGCCAAUUUCAUACCACGACAGUUUGGACCUUUAAAUGCCCGACUUUUACCACAAACAGGUGGUUCAAUUCAUAGCUCCCUGAACGGCACACAACCAAUAGGCGUUGCUACACGCCUUCCUUCUAUCGCAACACCUAUCUCGGACUCAAGUCUCCGUCCAUCCCCAAACAAUCCUACUGACAGCAGCCAUGUUAAAUCCAUCCUGAAAAAAGAUGUCGGAAGCACAGCUUUUUGCGAGAGCUCAAUAUCUAAACCUCCUGGACCCAAACACUCACCAAUAGACGCGAGUGCAGCAAACACUAACUGCACUGCAUUGUGUGUAGCCUCCCUUGAUGCCACAAAUAAUCCCAAUGGCAAGAAGCUCUCUGCAGACGUUGUUGAUGCUAAAUCUGAGGGGCUCUCAGAUCAGCACACUAGAGUGACAACAAAUAAUGGGUCUAAUCUACUCCUACNAACUCUGGAAAAACCUGCUAAUAAAGUUGAGAAAAAACGAAGUCGUGCAGACUCACUCCACGGUAAAACGCGAACAAACCCACAAACAAACAAGAUCGAAGAACCUUCAAUGACUCUCAAAACAGACACAGCCAAAUCAGCUGCCCGCGAUUCUGUUCCGGUUUCACGUAAGGGUAUUGUGUCUAAUUCCAAGCGCGCGAAUGAGACUUCUCUCUCAGAUAAAUUAACUGAACGGACACCCUUAUUUGAGAAACACAAGGCAGCACUGACCCAUUCGGAAAAGACGGUCUCCACCACUGAAAUCACUAUCAAGGACUCCAAAACAUCCCGGAUACAAGUAAAAUCUCGCCUUGAGGAUCACACUGAACGUGCAUCAAUUACGUCACGGAAAAAGUUGCGUGAAAGCAAGAAGUGUCUUGUACAAGAUGACUCUGAUGAUGAUGAGGUAUCAAGCAAAAAUUCCCUUGAUCGUCCCUGUAACGAAACCGAAAUUUCCAUGCUUUCCGGCUAUGAAUCAAUGUAUGAUAAAAUCAAACGGCGUGCCAAUAAAGAUUCUCCUGGUGAAAAAUCAACUGAAAAAUCGGGGGUUUUCCACCGUUUGUUGAAGGCUCGGGGAAAAGCUGGUAAGCCGAACUCAAAGCGAAGUCAACGCGGAACGAUUUCUCCUGUGGACAGUGAUACUGAUGAGUGUCUAAGUGAUACGUCUUCAGACGAUGAUGAUACAAGGAAAAAACAAAGAGAGCGAACAAAAGCCGGAGUUCGACAAACAAAAUCAGAGGCCACUAAACAGAAGUCCAACUCUAAGAGUAGAAACGUUCAGUUGUGGUCUAGCAUGUCAUGUGUAAAAAGGAGCAGAGAUCCUGAUGGAAAUUCCGACAGCAAAAACAAAGCCAAAGUCGGACGGUCACUUAUCACUAAAUCUGUAAUGAAAAAGCAAAAACAGGAGUCGAACUCGGUCGAUACCUCUGAAAAGACACGAGCAAAGAGUUUGUUAAAUGUAAAAGAGAGUACGAAGUUCCCGUACCGUGAUUCUGAUGUAUCCGUGCUUAAGAAUAAGAGAAGGCAGGUUCCAAACAAAUCUUCCGGCACCUCUCCGAAUAGAGCAAAACAUUCGUUUAAAUCUUUUAAAAAGAAGGUUAAAUUAACAAGCAAAACAAACGAAGGACAUCGUAGCCUUGUGCACCGUAUGUUUGCCUCAACUGACUCCGAGACUCCUUCAUUAUCGUCUUCAGAGACUGAUUUGGAGGAUGAUAACAAGAUGCCGUCACCAGCUGAGAUUAAGCAACACGAUUCCCCUCGAUCAAGUACUCCACGAGUGAGUCGGUCGUGCAGUCCAGACGAUGUGGAAGUAGAUGAUGCUAUUCGUCAUACUUUUGGAGCCUUUGCUAAGCCAGUUACUUCAAACUCUGAUAAGGCAAGUUCCCUCAGUGCUCCAUUUGCCUCCGUUAGUUUGAAAUGCUCGUCAUCUCCUGAUAGCCAUCUAACUAAAAGUCCCUCAGAGGCCAAUGCUCUGUCGAAGUCCACUCCGCCAACCUUGCCUAUGCUGGACUCCAGUUCGAGUGCUGAUCAAAUUACAGAGCCACAGCAAAAAUCACACUCACGUGCCUCCGUGGAUUGGAAUAUUUUCACGUCUCUGACUUCCUGCUCGCUACCGGCUAUUGAACCUUAUCCUCGUGCGUCGACACCCACGGGAACAGAACCUAGCUCGGAAGACAACUUGUUCAAUGGACAGAACAAAUUUGACAUUGAAAAAUCUGAAUCUGAUUUGGAAGAUGAGUUACCAUCACUCGAAAAGCACGAUGACGAUGAAUCAGGUAAGAUGGAUGGUGGCUCUUUGCUCUUGAAUGACAGUGGCAGUAUCUUGAAUCCCAUCAAUGCCGCUAAUGGCGCGGUGGAAGAUGACCUCCCUCCUCCUGUAGUUUCAGCGGUUGGUGAUUUGUCACCUAAACCUCAUUCCAACGACUGCAACCAGUUGCUGAAAAGUGCUGUAACUGAUGUUAUCGAAGAAGUUGUCUAUGAUGGUCUUGAGGUUCCAGUUGUAUCAUGCGAAGCAUCGGGAGAAGCUACGUUGAAACCAGAACCGCCUGUCACUAAUGAUGAAGUCACUGUAGAAUCCACUGAUUCCUCGUCAGAACAUGUUUGCGUUCCGCUAUCCAGUGCGGUUGUAUCCAAUAGCUCUACUGAACCAUCAAUUGUUUCUGGUUUGUCUACUCAAGCUGUAUCAGUUUCCUCCACGUCCCUGACUUUGCCUUCAACUGUCUUUACCCCCAUUGCAAUGUUGGCUCCGGGCACUCAUUCUGAUGAAUUGUCAGCCGUCGGUCAGCCCCUUUUAGUAACGGUGCCGGGGUCCACUGCUGGUGUAACUUUUACUUCUUCCGGUCUGGCCUUGUUGCCCGCUGCGUUGCCGACCAGCCCUACGCAUAACAAACCCGCUCAAGUUCCGCGGCAUGUAGCUCUCAUUUUACCGGCCACGCCCAUAUCCAUCAACAGUUCAAUUACUUCGUCUCAAGCGCCCACAACAACAUCCAUCCUCAAUACCACGACGUUAGUAUACAAUACUGCCGUUGCCCAGUCCACUUGUGGCGCACCAUCUGCAACAUCUGUUCGCACACCUGCCGCCACUUCAACACUAUCGAGUUUUGGUGCACGAAGCGGACAAGAUUCAUCUUUUCCUAUGUCAAGAUCUCUGCCCUCGUCAAUCGUCAAACCAUCGAUGCCCUCUGAUUCUUUGCCUCGAGGAUCUGAAUUGUCUUCAUCCAACGAGACUUGUGACGGAAGCUCUACAACAGAUGAGACGAUCCACCCGCCAGUUCACAACGUUCCACAAGAUCCUCCUGAUUACACCUCCUAUGUCCAACGUGUUAUUGAGCGAGUGAAACAGGAAAAGGACGAGGAAGUUUCGCAUCAGCGAGAGAAAAUAAAAAGACCUAAAAAGGUUCCAACUUCUUUGGUGCCUAUUCCUUGUUUAACUUCAAUAAACUCAGUCACUGGAACCAGCUACGUUUUCACUCUUACGUCAAACGUGACACCUCAAGUAACAUCCUUAACACCGAUUGCUCCUAUGCCGAUCCCCGCUGUUUCUGUUGGUCCGAAAGUCACUGUUGUAUCGAGGCCUAGCACUUCGGCCAGUGCAGAUGGUCUUGGACAGACUAAUGCACCCCGGAAGUCUUCUGAUACGAGGUAUAUUACAUCCCAUCACAAAGACAAAAACUGCAAAGCAAACGAUAAUGACACGACUGAAGGUGUUAUCGACAAGGUGGAAGGCAGUGGGCCUUCGAUUCCCGGCAUACCGUCCAGUACUGAUAUUUCUCAUGAAAAUGUUGCUGAAGCAGCUCCUCAAUUAGUAUGCGAAUCGUCCAAGUGCAGUAUUGAUGAGGUCAUUGACGCUGUUUUGAAUGGACGGUUUGAUGAAAACGAGUAUGUCGAGAAAAUUCUCAAAGGAAACUUCGAACAAAGUUAUAGUCAAACGAAAUCUGAUUUUUGCUCACCCUCCAGUUCUGUCACUGAUCCCAAUUCGCCACUGCGUAUGCUGGAGGAAUCGAACAAAGUGGAUGGCACCUUCGGCUCUGCGGACAAUAUAUCAGCAACCAGCAAUGUCAGCGUUACCGCAGCAGUUCAAAGUCCUACGGGAACAAUGGAUGCAAUUGCCAGAUCUUCGCCAUCCGGAAUUCUCACACCGAUGCACGUGUUAACGCUAGUCGCUGCCAAUGCCGCGACGCCUUCCAAAAUAAACAGCGUGUCUGCAGUUUCACCAAAUACUCCUCAAACGCUUAGUGCACCUGGUGUAAAACUUCCAUCUUCGCUUUCACAGUGUGUGAAAAUGGCUGAAUCAGACCCCCAAGCUACCAUAAUUUCACCGGGAACUUUUGCUACUAGCACCACCAGCAGCAACUUGUCCAACGCACCCUCAGUACCAGUUAAUGGAAUGGAACAGCUCGCCGCACAGUUCCCGAAUAACCCUCUCACCAGUUACUUUUACUCUUUGCUCGCUCGACCGCCGUUGAAUGCAUCUACACCACCGGCGUCAACAGACUCCAACUCGUGCAAGUCGCAGGAUAUAGCAUUGCCAGUGCAUGUCUCAUCUGCAUUACAAAACUCAUUAAAAGGUUUAAAUAUUCCUAGUGCCGGAGAUGGUGCAGAUUACCUAGCUGCUGCGGCAGCAGCGAUGGCUGCAAUGGCAGCAAUGACCUCUACUUCUGGAACUCGUGCUAUGGCUCCUCUUGACCCUGCCCCAACUAGUGGAUUGGGUACUUCACUUCCCUAUCCGUAUUCAACGGAAAAUCAACCGAUUUCAACUUCGUCCAGUGAAUGCCCACUUGCUCACGUAAGUAGCCAGAUCCUCAAUUUACUUUCCAAUACUUUGGGUAACUCAGUUGUUCACUUUUAUGAUACGUUGGACGUUUUCCUUUUGAUGUUGUCAACAAUAAAGUGCCAUUUGGAUAUUGUUCUCUCUUUGAGUGAACGUCAUAGGAACCGGCCCACUUCAAUGGCUUUGGGGAUACGUUUAAAAUAG